AUGCCUCUCGUCGUUCCUGGCAUCAACAGCAACUCCGGUGACAAGACCGAGGAGUGGACCAACAAGCUGGUUGGCAAGACGCUGUCGGACGAGUCGCACACCGAGACGAGCUUCUGCAAGAAGGACCUUCCGGAGCGGUGCCGCGUCAUCCAGCCCGGCCAGAUGGUGACCAAGGACUUUGUGCCGGACCGGCUCAACGUCCACGUGAAAGAGGACGGCACCGUCAGCCACGUCCAGCACGGCUAA